AUGGCGCGUGGCAUCAACAACGAGGAGCUGCGAGCUCAGUUCCGUCUGGCGGUUUGCCGCCUGAUGAACCAGCUGCGCACCUUCUCCAGCUACAUCCUCAAGGUAGAUGAGCUCCAGUCAGUUGGUGUCUAUGUUUCUGAGUUUGACCCCUUUGACCUCAAUGAGGCCAUCAUCUUCCAACCCUUUCCGGAACAAGAGCUCCUGGAAUACAACGUCGAUGAGGUGUUGUUGCAGGAUGAGGAGGUUUUGCGGAGACUUGAACUUCUGGAUUGGACUCCGCCUGAGACUGCAAAUGGUGUGAUUUCCCGACGCGAGGAAGAACUUGAUGCCAUGAAGUCCAGUGAGCGCAUCUUUGAACACCUGGAGGCAAUGUAUUCCUGUUUGUCGAAGAGCUAUGAGCCCAAGAACCCACUCUCAAUGGCUCGCAACUGGACUGACAUUCCUAUCCCGCAUCCUAAAUACAACUGGCCUCCCGAACUUGACAUCAACAGCUGGCCCCGUGAGUCUGGCCUUUUGAACCACGGUCCAACCGCAGAACAUGUCGGAUGGCGCUGCGAGCAGGCAGCUGAAUGGAAGGAAAACCUACGACGAGGAGAACCCAGAAUCCAACCACAUGUACGUCUCAUCGUCGUCAAUGGCGCAACCGGUACUCCAAAUGGAGUCCUUCUUGGCGAGCUGGGCCCUAUUGCACAGGUAAUCUACAACCGUCUUAACCAGCCACGCUUUGAGCACGAGUCUUACUUUCCGGUACUGGUGAUUUCGCUUUUCGGACCCCGCCAUGGACGCAUUCUGCAGGCCGUUUACAGACGUUCUGGGUACAUGGAGCUUCGCACCACUCAGGUUUAUGACUUUACUAAGACUAAUGAUGCUCCGUUUGACCUCUUCCUGCGCUAUCUGGCAAGCAACCCCCGGCGUGAUGAAGAUUGA